AUGGCUUUGUUUGCACUCCCGCCGGAACUCAAACUCAACGUCAUCGAAUCCUUGGAUCCAGACUCGACCCUUAACUUUGCCCUCACAUGCAGAGACCAUGCGACACUUGCGAAUUCGACGCUGAAAGAGCACGGAAGACAGCUGUCGGAAUGGAGAGUUGUUGACACUACAGAUGUGCGGACGCUUCUGUGGAGAGUACUGAGAGAGGUGUUAAUCGAUCCGCGCCAAGGCUGGUACAUCAGGGAACUCAAUCUUCCAGCGACCCGUCAAUACAACUGGAAUGUGAAUGAAAGUUUGUAUGGCACCCACCCAAACAACGGCAUUGGGCCGUCCGAGGAAGAUAAGGGCUUGUUCAUCAAGGCGGCGAGAAAUCUGCGUCACCUGUAUCCGGUGACAGAAUCGAAGACCGUGCUGCGUCAACACCCGCGCUCCACCGAAAUCCUGCCAGUUCCUCAACUCACAAUUGCCUCUAUCGAAGAUAGGAUUCACAGAGGCUUUGAAGACGCUAUCAUUAUACUACUGUUGCACUAUUAUCCUUACCUUACCACUAUCAGACACACUGUGGUACACGAAGAAGAAUGUUUGGAGACGGCCCUGUGGCAUAUUGCCCACGAAUAUCAGAACCCAAUGGUAGCGCCGAUGCUCCCUUUGAAACAUCUCAGAACGGUCGCCAUCGCCUACUACGAUACGGAAGGAUGUGUCACUCCCAACUGGGCCUGUUACUAUCUCUGUAUUCCUUCGUUGAAGAUCUUUGCAGCGCAGGGGAUGGGGGACUCGCCUAGUGGACAAGUGCAGCGCAGUCUGUUCCCAGAUAGUGCUGUACCGUGCUCGAACGUGGCAGAGCUGUUCUUUUGGGAUUGUCGAUUUGAUGUGGACGGUUUAGCAGUUGUUCUUGCAGCGGUCAGGCAUCUGGAGAAAUUCACGUAUCACGGCGGUGGCAGUACAGUGUCGGAAACAAGCUCCUAUCAGGCCAAAAAGGUUCUGGAAGCAGUUAUUACAUAUGCUGCUCAUUCGCUGGAGGAGCUUAGCCUUGGUCAGGGCUAUGUCGAUGAUGAUCUUGGCCUUGACGUCCCCGGCCCGACGGUUGUCUCACUUCGAAGCUUCCGAAAGCUUCGCAUACUUGAUUGUGAAUGGUCAAUACUACGACCUGAAACGGAAGAAGAGGAAGAAGAUUCACAACAUGAUGAACCGUUAGAAGAAGGAUUCCAUCGUGCGGAAGACGAUGAAGACGCUUAUACAGAGUUCGACGUUAGAACAAUGCUUCCUGAGUGCAUUGAAGAGCUGCACUUAGGUGGUGAGUUCAAAACAUAUGAGGAGUGGGAGCACCUAGAGGACACGUUCGACACCCCAAGUGUAUCGACUCCACAUCUGACUAUGGACAAGACAUGCAUCCAGAGAAGCGAUAGCGAUAGGCGUAUCGGAGACGCAGAGAGUCGAGGGGGUGUGUCGUCAUAUCCCCUUGUGCAGCUUUUCGAAGGCCAUGGAUAUUAG